AUGGAGGCGUCCCCUUUAACGCAGCAGGCUCGUCCUGAUGUCUUCCAACCCAAGAUUGUCCAGCUCUACGUUGCGCUCUUCAAGGAAGAUGCCGAGGAAGACGUUGAGCAGUCGGAGGGAUUCUGGCGGGAGUUCUUCCUCCUGCGACCGGACCGCCCCAGUCUCCAGAACAUCCUGGGCAACCUCAGCCCCGACGACCUGAUCGCACUCCAGCCACAGACACGACAGAUCUUCGGCCGCGCAGUGACCGCUCUGAAGCAGGGCGGCGGCAUUGUCGACCUGCACGCCCUCGAGACCCUGACGACGUUCUUCGCUGCGAUCCUCCCGAAAAAGUACACGAACCCAAGCUCCGACAUAAUAGCCGUGCUAGCUGGCCUUGAUCAUAUCGACGCUGUCUUCACAGAGUUCGUUGCUGCGCUGGACAAUGUCAUCCGCAAUGGCAAAUCGCGUGGGUUAGUGGACGUUCGACAAAGAGCCAUUGAAGUGGUUCUGUCCAUCACCUCGGGCGCCUACCAGACAAGUCUAUUGACUUAUUUCAUUCAGAGGGACUUGUUUCCGGCAAUUAUGAAGUUCAUACAAGACUCUGAUGAUCCAGGACGCGUGACACACCCAUUCAUCCUGCUAGGACUUCUGGCCAACUACAACAAGUUUGAAUUCCAAAACCCAUACCAACAACGACUAAGUGACUUUGUCAACGAAGCCGUGAUACAAAAGAUCAUUCGCGCCGUAGGCGCGACCUGCAAGGAUUUGAGAACACAAUACAUCGAUAUUCUCGAGGAUUUGCCAGAAGGCUGGACAAUCGCAAGCACACUGAACAUGAUAGGUCUGGGAGCAAUCUCGCCCGGGCCAAAACCCAAGCAAAGAAAAGCUGCUUAUGAUCCAGAGACCGCGAAGCAGAUGUUUACAAAGCUGCCUGGCGAGGAAGCGUCCCUACUACUGAGUACGUACGACUUCAGCCAUACCAACAAGCUCUUUUGCUUCAACCUGGUUUCCUAUACUGGAGACAAGGCUGAGGAGCAACCAAUAUCGAGUGUGCUGUCCUUGACUUCGUAUCUCCUCCAGCAUGCCUUUCUCUCGAGCAGGGCAACACAUUACGCACAUCUUAGCUUGAUGGUGUUCCGACUGCUCGUUGAAGACCAGGUGUUGUGCAAGAGGAUAUGCAGCGAGGACAGUAAAGUGGCUGUGCGGCUGUGCCGCCAGCGACAACCAUAUCUGCCCUUGGUCAAGGGAGAGCGAGUUCUGGCCACAAGCGUUCUGGACACGAUGAUUGACGGCAUCAACCACAACCUAAGAAAACGCCUCGACGUGAGCCUGUACACACAGUGUGUGGGAAUCAUGUUGCGUAUCGUCUCGUACAUGUCGAGGUCGCGGACACGCUUGCAGUACCACUGGUCCGAGCUGUUCCGGUGUCUGUUGUCCUUGAUCCGAUUUCUCAACACCUAUGCCUCGGAUCUCAAGGAUCUCACCCACAUUGAAACCUUACUUGACCUUGUCGUCAACCUACUAGCGCUUGCACUAUCGUCAGGAGAGGGCUUCCUCCCGACACCCGCAGCCUACGACGACCUCUUCUACAAGAUUGUGGAAAGCGGAGACGUCCUGAUCAAGUUUCGGGACACGUGGAGGCUCUCCAGCCGGCCCUCGAACUCCAUCGAGACGCUCAUCAGCGUCAACACGCACUACAAGUCCAUACUCGACUCUGGCGGUGCCUCGAAACGACACUUGACAAGCAUGCAAGUGGCAGAGGUCAUCAAGCAGGGCUACGAGUCACUAAGCAUCCAGGCCAAGGAAGGGCUGGACGGCUGGGAGAGGUACAGGGAAGCGGACGAGCGGACGCUGCUGAAGAAGAUGGCGCGUGCGACCGUUGUGGACGCCAAGGUUAUUGUGGAAGUCUGA